AUGGAGCAUAUUACAGCCCAGAACGAGGCUGAUGCAAGGGCUAGAGCUGUAGACGAUAUUCCUCCUAUUCCACCCAUAACCCCUAUGGCAGUGGCUCAGCUUGCACCAGUCCCGGUGGAUGUUUCAAGGAUUAUGGAGAGGUUUCAGAAAUUGAGACCCAUGGAGUUCAAUGGUUUGAACAAGGAACCAUUGCACCCGACUGUAUGGAUUCUAGAAAUGGAGAAGACUUUCUCAGUGUUGGAGUGUACCGUAGAUUACAAGAUUCGAUGUGCCACCUACAUGUUGAAGGGCGAAGCCGAUGUAUGGUGGAGAUCGACUCAGCCUAACCUUAGUGUUGCCCAUCCUGACCUUACAUGGGAGCAAUUUCAGGAGGCAUUCUUUGAGAACUAUUUUUCAAAGAGUUAUCGAGAAAGAAAGGCAACAAAAAUUAUGAAGGUUACGCAAGGAUCCAAGUUAAUCCUCGAAUACCAACAGAAGUUCGAGGAAUUAUUUUAUUUUGCACCCGCUCAUCUGAAGACGGACAUAGAGAAGGGGAAGAGAUUUGAGAAAGUAUUGUGGCCGGGUAUCAGUUCUAUCUUGGUGUCCCAUGGACCCCAAACAUACUCUAAGAUGGUUCAAGUAGUUAAGUAA